GAGCAUCCGCGUGCCUCAUCACGAACACGACAUUUGGCGAUGCAUUAGCCGGAAAAAACGAUUGGCAUGCAAGCCUCCAGCUCAGCCAGACCCGUAAGCUGACGAGCAAUCACCAUCUGCACCAACCUGACGCUGGUGCGAAAUCUUGCAGGGGGCAUCCGCGUGAGCCAACUAGAAUUGCCGCUAGAACGGGGCUGCAGGCUCGGCAACUUUGCCCGCUUUGACAAUAGAAAGUGCAAGGUCACCUUUGCUUCUUUGAAGUGGGGAAAGCCUGGUAUUAAAGAGGACUUCUCCCCCGAGUAAACCCAGGCAAGCGCAACCCUGUUCCUGCCUGCGAUGUACACCCUCGAUGACUUUCCGUUCAAAUACUCUUCACUUCCCAACCCAGAAGCAGAGAGGCCGGCCAAGUUCUUCAACUCACUUCCUUACCGUGUCCGAACCAUUGAAGAUGACUGCGGGAGUACAAUUGACAGGGUCGUGGCGGAAUGGAAGGCCAUCACUGGGAAGGGAGUCCCUGAUGCUGUUGGAGGGCACGCCAGCGAUCUGAUUCGCUAUGUGAUUCCCGAAUGUCCAGUCGAGUUUGUAGCGCCAGUGACACGAUUAAUCUACAUUCUCUUGUUAUGGGAUGACGCCACGGAUAUCCUUGACCCUGUCUCGCACGAGAAUCUUAUGCUGGACUUUCGCGUGGGAGUAGUAUCGCAAAUGAAGCUUGGCUAUUGCCAAUGUGAGCUCGAGAUGAAUCGGAUAUACAUCCAAAGUGUUCUCGCACUCGUGGUACAGGGCGCAGGGAGGAAUUUAGACGGAGGCGACUUCAAGCGAGGACUGGAGGUGUUCGACUCGACUGCACGGGGACAGGCUCCACCUCCGCAAACGAUCACUUGGGAGGAGUACAAGAGACAUCGGACGACAAGUAUUGGCGGGAGGCUAAUAACCGCACUAAUACCGUCGAUGCGGAAACUGCGCCUCGACCAGGAUGCAUUGGAUUCUGUCUCGCAUUUGGCGGAAAUUUGCUACCUGAUAGCUGGAUUAUCCAACGACUUUUACAGCUUUCACAAAGAGUUCGAAGAGCACGCCCGUGCUGGAAGCCUCGACGGAAUUCACAACGGAAUGGCCGUGCUCAUGAGCCGAUACGGCUACGAGGAAAGUGAAGCAGAGGAAAUUAUGAAGAAGGAAAUCCUGUCGGCGGAGAGGACCUUGAUGGAGAAGUACGAAGAGUGGAAAUCGUCCUCUGCACCAAAAUCAGACGAGCUACGCCACUUCGUGCUCAUAUCAAUCCUCGCUGUGGGAGGCGCAAGCUAUUGGCAGUCGUUCUCGCCGCGUUAUCAACGAGCGAACCUUUCGACGACGGUAGAAGAUAGGGCCCAGCUGGUUGGAAGGAGUUACACUGCAGGACUGAGACUACCGAAUUAUCCCGUCCCAGUGGCCAUGACCAAGUCUACCAACGGAUACUCAGAGUCACUCACUAAUAGACAAGCUUCGCUCAUCACGAAAGACCUGCUGGCUCCUUUUGAGAAAGCACCAGCCGAGGAAGUUGUCCUCGCUCCUUGGAAAUAUACCCAGUCGCUUCCAGGGAAACGAACCGUUGGUCGGAUGAUAGAAUGCUUACAAGCAUGGUUCAGCCUACCUGUCGAGUCAAUCAAGAUUAUCUCAGAGAUCACAACUAUGCUGUUCAACGCUACACUGAUGCUCGACGACAUUCAGGAUGAAUCCCAACUUCGACGCGGAAAGCCUGCAGCGCAUGCGGUCUUUGGCCAGGCACAAACCAUCAACAGUGCAACAUAUCUCUAUGUGAAGGGUUCCCGCCGGUUGAGAGGCGUAAAGCAUGCAGAUGAGUGUGCAGACGCCCUUUUAGACGAACUGGAAACGCUCGCAUUCGGCCAGGCCCUUGAACUGCAAUGGAAAUAUCAAAAAAUCUGCCCCUCAACGAAACAAUAUCUCGUCAUGAUCGACAACAAGACCGGGGGUUUCUUUCGCCUUGUUCUCCGACUAUUAGGAGCCGAAGCGCAAUCCCAGCCUGUUCCAGAACUCAUGCAUCUUUUGACUCUGCUGGGACGAUACUAUCAAAUUCGUGAUGAUUACAUGAACCUUGCGUCCGAUGAGUACACCGCAAAGAAAGGCUUCUGCGAAGACCUCUCCGAAGGCAAUUUCUCCUUCCCACUUUUGCACCUGCUGCAACAUAGCCCAAACGCAGACAUCGUCCGCGGAGUCAUGUUUCACCGCGAGGACAAGGCCGAUCUCUCAAUUGAAAUGAAGCAAUUUAUCCUCGCCGAGAUGAAAGAAGUCGGAAGCCUUGGCUACACCAUGAAUCUCUUGGAGGAGCUAUUCAGCGCGAUGCUAGGCGCGCUGGACAACGUGGAGGCGAAGCUUGGACUGAACAAGAAACUGCGAAUCUUUCUCCUUUUGCUGAAAGUGUAGGUACAUGAAGUAAAUAGCUAGCGAUUGUUGUACAGAAUGCUUGUUGUUCGGUUGUGCUAUACAUUUCGCGUCAUCAUCGUCCAUCCUGACAGACCACAUUUGUUUUACAUUGUAUCCCAUCCCAUAACAGUCCGAAAACAUCAUUAGAAGUCUUCCCGAUUAGAACCUCG